AUGGCCAAGGCUAAGACCGUCAAGCCUACCAAGGCUGCCGUCGCUGAGACUCCCAAGAAGGCUUCGGCCGUCAAGGUGGGCCGCGUCACCAAGUCAUCCCAGACCCCCAAGGCUAAGGCUAAGGAGACCGCAAAGGCCGCCGCCGCCAAGACCGACAAGAAGAGCAAGAAGACGAAGAAGCAGCCCACUCCUGAGCCCGAGUCCGACAGCGACGAGGAGAUGAGCAGCGACAGCUCUGACUCCAGCAGCGACAGCGAGUCCGAGGCUGAAGCUAAGCCUGCUCCCAAGACCAAGUCUCCCAAGACCAACGGCGCUGCUGCCAAGAAGGAGGUGUCCUCCGACUCUUCCAGCGAGAGCAGCGACAGCGAGAGCGAGGCUGCUGCCCCGGUCAAGACCGCUGCCAAGGACGACUCCAGCAGCGAGGAGAGUGACUCUGACUCCUCCGAGUCUGAAGCUCCUGCCCCCAAGAAGGCUGCUACUCCCAAGAAGGCUGCCGCCGCUCCUGCUUCUAAGAAGGCCGCUGCUAAGGCCGAGUCUGAGAGUGACAGCGACUCCGAGUCUGAGGCUAGCUCUUCCGAGGAGGAGGCUCCUAAGGCCAAGAAGGCUAAGGCUGACUCUUCCGACUCCGACUCCGACUCCGACUCGUCCGAUUCCGACAGUGAUGAGGAGGCUUCCGAGGAAACCAGCUCCUCUGAGGAGGCGCCUACCAAGAAGCGCAAGGCUGAGACCGAGGCUGCUCCCGUCACCAAGAAGAGCAAGACUGAGGAGAUUGUCGGUGGUUCUGCCAACCUGUUCGUUGGCAACCUGAGCUGGAACGUCGAUGAGGACUGGCUCUACCGUGAGUUCGAGGAGUUCGGUCCCAAGGCUGUCCGCAUUGUCACCGACCGUGACUCCGGCAGGUCCAAGGGAUUCGGUUAUGUCGAGUUCGAGACUGUUGAGGCUUCCACUGCUGCUCUCAACGCCAAGAAGGGCUCUGAGCUUGAUGGCCGUGCCCUCAACCUCGACUACAGCACUCCUCGUCCCGAGGGCAACAGGGACCGCGCCAACGACCGCGCCCAGAAGCACGGUGAUGUCCCCAGCAGGCCUUCUGACACUAUCUUCGUCGGCAACCUGUCUUUCAACGCUACUCCCGACAGCGUCACCGAGCUGUUCCAGGAGUACGGCACCAUCACCCGCGUUUCCCUGCCCACCAAGCCUGAGGACCAGAUGCCCAAGGGCUUCGGUUACGUUGGCUUCAGCUCCGUCGAUGAGGCCAAGGCGGCCUUCGAUGGUCUCCAGGGUGCCGAGCUCGAUGGUCGCCCGGUCCGCCUGGACUUCGCUCAGCCCCGUGACAACAACGGUGGUGGUCGCGGCGGCGGCGGCUUCGGUGGCCGUGGCGGUGGCCGUGGCGGCUUUGGAGACCGCGGUGGCCGUGGUGGCCGCGGCGGUCGUGGUGGUCGUGGUGGUUUCGGUGACCGUGGUGGUCGUGGUGGCCGCGGCGGUCGCGGUGGCUUCUCCACCAACCGUGGUGGCUUCGGUGACUUCCAGGGCAAGAAGAUCUCUUUUGACUAA